AUGAUGUCAGGUGUCCGUUCCGAUUCGUCCUCAACACCGACGACGACGACCACAGCCAUGUCCGAGCACCUCGUCCACCCAAACGCUGAGCUCCUUGAGUCGGCCACCAAAGGCUUUGACUUACUCUUCUCAAACAACAUCGUCGGUGCCCGACAGCACUUUGCGGGAAAGGAGGACCCGUUUCACAUCCUUGGCCAGGGCGUAUGCGCGUUUCUUGAGGCUGCUUUGGGUAUGGAGUCGGGCCUGAUGGCAGAAGCAUCUCGCAUGCUGGCCUUGUCUGAAGCUGGCACGCGGAAGCAGAUGAAGGCACCAAAGAAAAAGUACAACACGCGGUUCCCUCAGGGAUUGGAGUGGGAGAUUCUUAAUGCGGAUGCGGUUGUGUUGUUGGGGAUGACCCAUGCUUUGAGUGAAUCGUACAUGGGCUACCUCCAAUGCAUGUAUUCCUUGAACAGAUUAUACAAAACCGUUUUCCCCAACGGAUUACACGACGAAUCACAGCUCCCCUUCUCCCUCACCCUCACCAAAACCAUUACCCAAGCAACGGCCAUAUCUCACCUUCAUCCCAUCCCACACAUCACCUCAUCCGUCGUAGAAGUCUCCUCUUCCUCCUACGCCACCCUUCCCGCAGCCGUUCCAAGCCUCUUCGGCAGGUGGACUGGCUCGACGAACGUAGCCUCCACACCCAACAUCGCCGUUCACCAUCACCAUCACCACCCAGAGCUUCCCACCAUUCCUGACGGUCCGGUUGAAGAACUCAUCGUGGCAGGCACGGCGUUCGGUUUUGGGUUGUUCAACCUCGUCUUUUCGCUUCUUCCAAAAAAGGUCCAAGGACUCGUCGGCUUUCUUGGGUUCAAGCACGAUCGAAAGUUGGCGUUGCGCGCAUUGUCGGUCGCGGCGUCGAAAAAGGAUGUUCAUGGUGUGUUUGCGGGGCUGGUCCUUAUGACGUAUCAUGGCGGGGUGCUUCUUCUAUCAGGGUAUCAAGCGGACGAGGCGAGAAUCCUGAAGGAGUACAAAGCUAUCGUCGACGAUGUCGAAUCACGCUAUCCCGACGGAGCUCUGUGGAUCCUCAAUCGCGCAAAGAUCUUGCGUAUGUCAAACGAUGCGGAGGGCGCGAUCGACAUUCUUCAAAAAGCAAUGAGGCCAGAGAGGCCACAUCAUUUCGUGCAAGCGGAUAUGGUUCUUGUAUUCGAAUUGGCCUGGGUCCUUCUCAGCCAAAGAAGAUACCAAGAAGCAGCGGAUACAUUCAUCAAAAUUACAGAGCUGAACAGCUGGAGUCAUGGAACGUAUUAUUUCAUUGCUGCAGGCUGUCAUGUCUUCCUCGGAAACAUCGAGAAAGCCCAGGCUAUGUUUGACAAAAUCCCGGACUUGAUCGAUAAGAAGAAAAUAAGCGGAAAGGAUUUGCCGACCGAGGUGUAUAUCAAGAAAAAGCUUGCCUUUUACAAGGAGAAGCAAGUCAGAAGGGGCGGGGACGUGGAGAAAUUUGCGGAAGCGAUGAAAAUCAAUCCAGCUGAGGAAAUUGCCAUUUUUUGGAACACGCACACCCGAAUCUCAGCCACCAUCGCCGAAACGCACAUCAUGGAAUGGGCGUCGCUUUCACCUCCCGUAUCCAUCCCUUCCCCACUCAUCACGCCUCCCACUACCAUGAGUGCCCCACCAUCUCCCACCUCACCUUCGUCCAUCAAGUCACACAAGUCAAAGUUCUCGCUUAAAUCAAAACCCAGCACACCCAUCUCACCCCUGUCUAAUCCGGAUCCGCACUUCCAUUAUGACUUGGACACCCACGACGAACUCGCAGUGCGCUCCCUCCUCCUGGGCAUCAAUCAUCGCACAGCCGGAUACUUCGUCCCUGCUCGUGCGUUCCUGGAAGACGCGCAUUCGAGACAUGCCCACAUCAAGAUCAAUACCUGGGUAGGAGGCGUAGCAGUGUUCGAGCUUGCUGUUCUCGAUCUGAAAGAGGUUGAGGCGAGGGAUAGAGCAGAGAGUGUGGGUUAUUCUCCAUCCUCUUCGGUCGCUUCGUCCACGACAUCGUUGCCCCGUGUGGAGGGGGAGGGGAUGGCUGUUGGAAGGCGGGAGGAGUGGGAAAUUGCGCUCAAGAACGCUAGUGCGAAGUUGGACGUGGCGUUGACCCUUUCGCCGAAUACCGUGGAUUUGUCGUCGAGGUUGGAUAGUAGGAUUGCGAUGUUGAGAGACGAGAUUGCGUUGAAGAGGGAGUGGUUGUCUUUGGUUGCGUAG